GUUUGUGCUAUUGGCAUUUUUGGCCCUUGGGGUUUUGUGUACUCAAUACACAUACUACUUGCCAGUGUCGCGUGUUCUCUCAAUACCUUGGCCUCUCAGUCAGGAGUCGGUGUGAACCAUCGCGAUUAAGUCUAUCUGGUGCGACCAUAUCAAGUGGCGACGGAGUAUUUUGAUUACCUUACUUCAAGAACCCACGGUAUAACAGAUGGCAGAGAAACCUCCAUAUCAGUUGGGGUUCUAUGAACGACAAAUACAUGAACUCAUACGGCAGCAACAGGCACAAACGGAAGCGCAAAUGAAACUGAUCGAGACGCUCACACAGCGACUGAACGUGCAACCCGAGGCUACUCGUCCAACCUAUCAAACUAAUUCCGUUGAUGUCCUGUGCAAUUCCAUUACUGAGUUCAGUUAUGCUCCAGAUUGUGGCUCCACUUUCGAUACAUGGUUCAAACGAUGGCAAGACUUAUUCUGCACCGAUUUCAAUGGUCAAGAAGACUCCUGGAAAGUCCGUCUCCUCCUCCGAAAACUUGGAACUAACGAACACGCAAGGUUUCUCGACCACAUCUUGCCGAAACAGCCCAAAGACCUCACCUUUGAUGAAACAGUAUCCCAGCUUUCUGAGAUAUUCGGUGAGUCGGUUUCGUUAUUUAGUGUUCGUUUUCAAUGCUUGAAUAUAGUUAAACGCGAUACUGAUGACUAUGGCACAUUAGCCGACACCGUCAACCGUGAAUGUGAACGUUUUAAGCUACGCUCAUUGACGGAUGAUCAGUUUAAGUGUCUCAUAUAUAUAAGAGCCUUACAGUCCCCUGACGACGCUGAAAUUCGUAUGCGCCUCCUCUCUAAACUUGAUCAACAUCCGGACAUGUCCCUCAACUCCCUCGCAGCCGAGUGUAAGCGCAUAUUAACCCUGAAACAUGACACGGCUCUUAUUGAGCACAAUUCACAGAUGCCAUCCAACGUAGUUUAUGCUGUGAAAAACGAAAUGCCCAAAACGGCGACCAAACGUUUCAGACACAUGCCUUCUAAGCCACCUACUCCAUGCUGGUCAUGCGGAGAAUGGCACUUCGCACGGUUCUGCCCCUUCAAACGACACUUUUGCCAGAAAUGUCAUAAAACGGGCCACAAAGAGGAAUUUUGCAUUCGGCGUCGAUCACGAAACAGCAAGCGACACUCUUCCACCCAUAAGAACCGUAAAUUGGGCAUUGCCAAAUCACUACCCGUUCAGGUUGCUUUUCAAAGUGGUUUUGUGUCACGUAGAAAGUUCAUUACGGUGCUUAUGAACGGUACUCCAACUCGUUUACAACUGGAUACUGCCUCCGACAUCACCAUCAUCUCGAAAAGUACCUGGCACCAUAUAAAGAAACCAAAGUUGUUCCCGACUAAUAAAAUAGCCCAUAAUGCUUCUGGAGGUGUCCUUACUCUGGUCGCACAGUUUACUUGUGAAAUCUCAUUUAACGGUGUUCUUAAGACUGGAAUCUGUUACUUAACCGACAGACCCACACUUAAUCUGCUGGGUAUUGAUUGGAUUGAGAAAUUAGAACUACUUGACAUCCCCCUAAACACCAUAUGCAACCAGCUUCAAAUGCAUACAAUCCCGCCAACAGAAUCUAUGCAGAUGAUACAGUCUUUAAAGCGCAAAUUUUCCACCGUGUUUCAAAAUACCCUUGGCCACUGCACAAAAUUCAAGGCAUCAUUAACGUUGCGUCCAGGAACAACACCUGUUUUUAGACCUAAGCGUCCCGUACCUUACGCUGCUAUUCAACCACUUGAGCAAGAACUUGACCGCUUACAGCAGGCUGGUGUCAUUACUCCUGUAAACUAUUCUGCAUGGGCAGCACCCAUUGUCGUCGUAAAAAACCAAACAAACAACUACGCAUCUGCGCUGAUUUUUCGACUGGCCUUAACGCAGCCCUUGACAACCAUCAAUAUCCCCUUCCAGUGCCAGAGGAUAUUUUUGCCAAAUUAAACGGGGGCACAUGUUUCGCUAAGCUAGAUCUGUCUGACGCCUACCUCCAGGUCGAGGUAGCGGAGGAUUCUCGUGAACUACUUACGAUAAACACUCAUCGUGGUUUGUUCCAGUAUAAUCGCUUACCAUUUGGUGUAAAAUCGGCCCCAUCCAUUUUUCAGCAGUUAAUGGACACCAUGUUGGCAGGUAUCACUGGAGCAGCGGCUUAUCUGGAUGAUAUAAUUGUUAUGGGUCACACUCAGUCCGACCUACUAAACACGCUAGAUAAUGUGCUUACCCGAAUACAGGAAUAUGGCUUCUGCCUACGCGAGGACAAGUGUGAUUUCUUUUUAACCUCAAUCAAAUUCCUCGGUUUUAUCCUUGACAAAAAUGGUAGACGCCCGGAUCCGGAAAAUACCAACGCGAUCCGCAACAUGCCUCCACCGUCGGAUAUGUCCUCUCUCCGUUCGUUCUUAGGACUCGUCAGCCAUUAUAGUUCAUUUUUGCCAGACAUGCAUCGCCUACGUGCACCACUAAAUCAAUUACUGACCAAAAGUUCUACGUGGAAGUGGUCCUCAGAAUGUGAAGUUAGUUUCAAUGCGAUUAAGUCAUUGCUAACCUCAGAUCUCUUACUGACACAUUACGAUCCUUCUCGGGACAUCGUUGUAGCCUCAGAUGCAUCUGAUAAAGGAAUUGGUGCGGUCAUAUCCCAUGUUUAUGCAGACGGUUCUCAAAAGGCUAUUGCACAUGCUGCUAGAUCUCUCACAACCGCUGAAAAGAACUAUAGCCAAAUUGAAAAAGAGGCUUUGGCUAUCAUAUACGCUGUAAAGAAAUUUCACAAGAUGCUGUACGGCCGUCGUUUCACGUUGUUAACUGAUCACAAACCACUACUGACCAUUUUCGGCUCCAAAAAAGGAAUUCCAGUUUACACAGCUAACCGCUUGCAGCGCUGGGCACUGACACUGUUAGCCUAUGACUUCGACAUACGUUAUCAGUCAACUACCAGUAUUGGUCAGGCAGACGCUUUAUCGCGACUUAUAGGACCUCACAAACAGAAUCAGGAAGAUACGGUGAUUGCAUCUGUAGAAGCGGAACCGGACAUUGCGUUCAUUAUAGAUGACGUGUCGAACAAUCUUCCGGUUACCUCAGAUGCGGUUCGUCAUGCCACCCUCCAAGAUCCCUUACUUAAACAAGUUGCCCAUUUCCAGCGAUCGAAGUGGCCAACCACAUGUAAAUCAGCUGAACUUCAACAGUUCUACCAGAGAAGACACUCUUUGUCCAUCGUGAACGAUUGUAUUCUUUUUGCAGACAGGGUCGUUAUUCCUAAGAUCCUGCAAACGAAGGUGCUACGACAAUUUCAUACUGGUCACCCUGGAAUAAACCGAAUGAAAGCACUAGCACGCAGCUAUGUCUACUGGCCUUUCUUGGAUAAACAAUUAGAAGAGUUAGCAAAGAGCUGCAAUAAGUGUGCAGUUGCAGCAAAAGCACCACCAAAAGAAGAAAUCCACCCUUGGCCAACACCUGACAAACCGUGGACUCGUGUGCAUGUAGAUUUUGCCGGACCCGUUAAUGGUAACAACUUUCUAGUAGUUGUCGACUCAUACAGCAAAUGGCCCGAGGUGUUUCUGAUGCAAAACACAACAGCUGGAGCCACUGUUUCGAAAUUAAGACAAUUAUUCAGCCGGUUUGGCUACCCAGAAACCCUGGUGAGUGAUAAUGGUACACAAUUCACUUCAGCAUGUUUCUCCAACUUUUGUAAAAAUUGUGCAAUCAAUCACAUCAGAACACCGCCGUUUCACCCGCAAUCCAACGGCCAAGCAGAACGCUUCGUGGACACUUUUAAGCGCGCCCUCUUGAAAUCAGCAGGGGAGGGAACGACACAGGAAAUCCUUGAACGAUUUUUGUUCAUAUAUCGGGUCACACCGAACGUCCAAACGCCGAACGGAUUUUCUCCGGCCGAGGCCUUAAUGAAUCGUAAGCUACGAACUCCAUUUGAUGCUCUUCGGCCCACAAUAGAAGUUUCGGCUAAGGAACAGAAAUCUACUAUGGGACAACAGUCAUCUAAACAUCGAGGGACAAGACAACGUGCGUUCACCCAUGGUCAACUAGUCCUUGCACGCGACUAUCGCAAUGGUCAUCCAAAUUGGACAAAAGGAAUGGUCACUGGUAGGCGGGGUAAAGUUAUUUACGAGGUGCGAGUUGGAUCACAAUUAUGGAUUCGUCAUGUGAACCAGCUGCGACCAACUAGGUGCAUACCCGAUGAAGAGAGUCACAGCCUGCCUCUUGACAUGCUAAUUGACACAUUUAACAUCCCACGGUCCAUAGAAAACUCAGAGGCACCGAAGUCUCCACCAGAGACAACCCAACAAAGGCGCCGGGCAGACCGCGCUCGCAAAACUACGACACGUUUGCAGGUAAACCCUUGGAAGCGUUCUUACGAUUGACAUCUUCAAGGAGGGAGAUGUUAGGGUUAGAACCAAAACCUAACCCGAAUAAGACCCAGGGGUUUUGGAUAGUCGAAACCAGACUGUGCCACAGAAUUGUGUUCGAACUUGUACGUGCAACCAGAACACGGAACCAAGCAUGUUUCAAUUUGUGUGCACCAAAUAGCUACAUGUGAAUUACACAGAGUUGGCAUGUUUUUCGCCCAAAACCAGAACAGUGUGUUUGUUUUAUGCAACAGAACAUUGUUAUUGUCCUUUUGGCCCACACAACAUGAAACACUUGUGAAAAACACACCUCCUAUAAAAUUGCACAUGUUUCGACUAUCACGGACACUCGCGGGUUUGUGCUAUUGGCAUUUUUGGCCCUUGGGGUUUUGUGUACUCAAUACACAUACUACUUGCC